CAUCUGAACCGGAUUAUUGUCAGUAUACUUCAAUCCUUCAACGAAAACAGAGCGUUCAUCAUAGGCAUCGCGAUGUUGUUUCACUACGCCAUUCUUGGCAUUUUUGCUUGCACUGCUGGGCUAGUUCUCGGAUCUAAUGACGGUAGCAGUGCAAUGGUUUACAAAUGUGCUCCAAAUCAACCAUCGCGUUGCUUGAUCAACACAGUAACGCUAGAAAACCCAAACACGGAAUUUAGUCUGAUAAAUGCGGAAGAAAAAAAAACACUCACUCUCAAAGCAGGCAGAAUUGAGGCGUUACUCCCAAAGCAUUGCCAGCAUUUGUCCAACUUUGAGAAAAUAAUCAUUGGAAAGGUUGGACUGAAAGAGCUGUGUUUUGCGACUAGCUUCGUGGAAGUGAACGCGGAACACAACCGAAUAAAAACGCUACACGUGGAAGAUGGCUCUUACCGUGUGGAAACAUUACGACUCAACAACAAUCAGUUGCAAAGUAUCGACAAUAUCUGCAAAUUCGAUGCCCUUAAAGUGUUACAUCUUGAACAAAACUUUUUAAGCACACUGGAUAUGGCGUGCUUUGCGCAAAUGAAGCAACUCAAAGAAUUACAUCUUGCUCACAAUCGGUUAAACCUGGUUACCGCUAAGAUCACUGAAUUGGAACUUCCGGCGCUAGAAUUUAUUGGGCUACAGAAUAAUACGCUUACUGCGCUUGAUUUGCAUUUGUGGUCAUUGCCUGCACUGCUGAAGCUCGAACUGUCCUCCAACAAUCUGACGAACGUUCGAGGCCUCGAGCAGCUGGACAUACUUUCCGAAAUUUCGCUCGCCAGAAAUCGUUGGCAAUGUGCCGAGUUGGAUCAAAUGCUAGAAACGGUUGAAAAAAACGAAGUCACCGUCAAAGAUGGCGAUGUAAAUUGCAUUGGGAUUCGGAACAGUACGAUCUGCUGCACAUGCGAACAACAGCCUACGGAGCAAACGCUGUCAGAUGAGUUGAAAAAGUUCUCCAACUUAAAGAAACAGUACGACCAGGCAAAGGUUGAACUUGAUGAUAGGAUCAAGAGUGAGCUUGAUUUGUUUGAUAGGAAGAUAAAGGAACUUCAGGAAACAAACGUUCAGCAAUACGAGAAACCAUCUGAGGAUAAGGAAUGCACUACAGACGAGGAAAGCACUACAGGGCUUCCAAAUCCCGAAGAACCAGAUCCUGAGAAGAAAGUGCUCCCGAAAGUACCUGAAUGUAGUCCAGUAUGUAUCUGUUCCAAAGAAAGUAUGGAUAAGGUACAGGCAAUGCUAAAAGAAAUGGAAGAUAGAAUUACUGAGAAUAAUGUAAAACUGCAAACGUUACUGGAAAAUAAGUCUCAAUUUGCAUAUAUGUCCACACUGGAAAAACACGAGUUCCGCACGGCCGUCAAACGUGGCGAGUACAAGCUAAAGGAGCUUAGCUCGAUGCUAGCCAUGCUACGUGAUCAUAUCAAUCAGAAACAGAAACGACAUUAAUGUCCGUUUUUAAGACGAAAAAAACAUCAAUAAAGCAUACAUUAUGCAUUAUCAGCAUUCCAGGAAUGGGAGAUCAUUCCUUCGCGGGGCCUGUUCGAGAGUCCUGGUCAGCAACACCAGCUGACAAAGAAGUCUUAUCAGUUUUAGUAAACCUGCACCGAUUUACGAACAUACGAUCGCAAUCAAAAACACUUUAGUGUACAAUAUAGUUUAGUGUAGAAAAAAACCAUCAAUAAAGCAUACAUUAUGCAUUAUCAGCAUUGCACAUCCGGCUGAUAACACUAAUGCAAACAA